GCCAGUAGUUUGAUAAAAUCCCCCAAAUUAAUCACGUUCAAUCGAGAUCUCCCAGCUAUCAUGAGUAUUUCAAGUUUUUUCGGAAUAAAGCGGGAUAGAGAUAAGUUCAAGAGAUCGAGCUACAGAGCUAGCAAAUACAGUGGAAGAGCAAGUAAACGUGGUAGCGGUCGAGCCAGCAAACGAUCAAUCAAAUCGAACAGUAAAUCCCGGACCAGCACCAGACGGCUGCAAGGAUAUAGAACGAAAAAGGCCGGUGAGCGUAUAGCCUGGGAGCUGCAUCACGUGACCUUGAACCGUGUCUCUGGGUUCGGGUUUGGUAUUGCUGUCUCCGGGGGGAGGGAUAACCCUCACUUCUCUAAUGGCGACACUUCUAUUGCUAUUUCUGAUGUGCUUAAAGGAGGGCCAGCAGAAGGAAAACUAAUGAUCAAUGAUCGCGUGAUUUCUGCAAACAAGAUUUCUUUAGAAGGGGUGGACUACGCUACUGCAGUACAGGUGCUGCGAGAUAGCGGUCAGAGUGUGAACCUGGUUGUAAAGCGACGAAUAGUUCUCCCCGCCCCCCCAGAACCACAGAAUAUAAGAGUAUCUCUAGUCAAAACCAAGAAGAAAGAUGAUUUUGGGAUCGUUCUUGGAUGUAAGAUCUAUAUAAAGGAGAUCUCUGGGCGAUCACUAGCGGAUAAAGAGGGCAGUUUGCAGGUUGGGGAUUUGAUCCAAAAGUUGAACUCCUUGAGUGUGGACGGGUUAAGCCUGAAGGAGACAAGGAAGGUUCUGGAAUCUGCGAAAGAAAAGUUGGAAAUUACAGUUCAGAGAGAUCCUUACCGGUCACCUUUAAAGACUGAUGCUGCGGAGUCGAGAUUAGGAGAAAACCUUUACAGUUCCCCGCCCAGGAAGGAUGGGAAGGGGCGGUACGAAGAGACCACACCCCCUUCAAGACCACCUCCACCCAAAGAAUCAGUGGAUUACGGGAUAACACCGAGGAAUAAGGAUGACGCAUCUCACUCAUCUAAAUCAAAAACUAACUUACCUGACCCGAGAUUUAUAAGCUUCCAGAAAGAUGGGUCAGUCGGGAUUCGUCUUACAGGGGGUAAUGACAGCGGUAUAUUUGUAACAGCUGUACAGCCGGGUAGUCCAGCUGCACAGCAGGGGUUACAGCCAGGAGAUAAAAUAAUAAAGGUGAAUGACAUGGAUAUGUCUGGUGUGACUAGAGAGGAAGCUGUACUCUACCUGCUCUCCCUGCAGGACCAGAUAGAUCUAAUUGUACAGUACAGGAAGGAGGAAUACGAACAGAUUGUACAGAAUCAG